CUCCCAGCUCUCAGGGCCCGGCCGGUCUGUGCUGGCUACUCCCGCUGUUAGGUCCCGCCCCGCGCAGCGCGCGCAGCCUGCGGAGCCAGCGGCUGUGACGCGACAGCGAUUCGGCUGUGACGCGAGCGCGGCCGCUCCCGAUGCGCUCGUGCCGCCCCCGCCGUGCUCCUAGGCAGUCGUUGCUCGGCCGGUUUUGGUAGGCCCGGGCCGCCGCCAGGCCUCCGCCCGAGCCCGCACCCGCCAUGGACGACUACGCAGAUCUUUCCAAUACCGAGCUGACCGCCUUGCUGCGCCGGUACAACAUCCCGCACGGGCCUGUAGUAGGAUCAACUCGUAGGCUUUACGAGCAGAAGAUCUUCGAGUACGAGACCCAGAGGCGGCGGCUCUCGCCCCCCGGCUCGUCCGCUGCCUCCUCUUACCGCUUCUCUGACUUGAAUUCGACGUCAGGGGAUUCAGAUAUGUAUGAUCUUCCCAAGAAAGAGGACGCCUUACUCUACCAGAGCAAGGGCUACAAUGACGACUACUAUGAAGAGAGCUACUUCACUACCAGGACUUAUGGGGAGCCCGAGUCUGCGGGCCCGUCCAGGGGCUUCCGCCAGUCUGUGACUUCACUCCCAGAUGCUGACACUUUCCACCACCAGGUGCGUGAUGACGAUCUUUUGUCGUCUUCUGAAGAGGAGUGCAAGGAUAGGGAACGCCCCAUGUACAGCCGGGACAGUGCCUACCAGAGCAUUGCGCACUACCGCCCUGUUUCAGCCUCCAGGAGUUCCCUGGACCUGUCCUAUUAUCCUACUUCCUCCUCCACCUCUUCUAUGUCCUCCUCAUCAUCUUCCUCUUCAUGGCUCACCCGCCGUGCCAUCCGGCCUGAAAACCAUGCUCCUGGGGCUGGGCUGGGCCAGGAUCACCAGGUCCCGCUCUGGGGCCAGCUGCUGCUUUUCCUGGUCUUUGUGAUCGUCCUCUUCUUCAUUUACUACUUUAUGCAGGCUGAGGAAGGCAACCCUUUCCAGAGGGAGCCGUGAGGGUCUGGGCUUCAGAGCCAGGUCUUCUGGGGAAGAACUGGCUGACUGCCUUAGCAGUGGGGGUGGGGGUGGGUGUGGGGGCAGGGGCAGGGGCUUUUAUGUGUUCUUGCUUGGGGGGCGCUAGCCCAGAGUAGUGCUUGCUCCGCCUGCCUUGUCCCACCAGGGAGGCAGCAGACUCAGGCCCUCCAUGGGGGCCUGAGUGUGCUUUCCUCGGCAGCCUCCUGGCCCUGCUUGCCUGUAACCCUUAGGGUCCAGGAGGGCAAGGCCUCACUCAGUCAGAGGAGAACAUGGUUCUUGUUGUCAUGCAUGCCUCCUUUUUGUCAUCUUGUUGGGGGGGAUUAACCAAAGGCCACCCUUUGUUUUCGUGGACACACAAUAAAAACCCCAUUUAUUUUUAA